CUUCUUCCAUUGGCUGAUAUCGUUACCCCGAAUCUGAAAGAAGCUUCGGCCCUACUUGGAGGAAUAUCCUUGGAUACUGUAGGUGACAUGCAUUUUGCUGCAAAAUCUAUACAUGCUUUUGGAGCUAGGAAUGUGCUUGUGAAGGGUGGGGAUCUGCAUGGUUCAUCAGACGCCAUAGAUAUAUUUUUUGAUGGGGAACAGUUUCAUGAGCUGUGUGGACCACACAUAAAGACGCGAAACACUCAUGGAACUGGUUGCACUCUGGCAUCAUAUAUAGCAGCAGAGCUUGCUAAAGGUACUCCAAUGCUGCAAGCUGUUCAGGCGGCUAAAAGCUUUGUGGAGAGAGCCCUGCUUUACAGUAAGGAUCUUAUGAUAGGAAAUGGACCGCAAGGUCCCUUUGAUCACCUGUUCAUGCUGAAGAACCAACAGAACAAUUAUGCCCAGAAAUCACGAUUCAAUGCAAAUAGUUUAUUAUUGUAUGCCAUUACUGACUCUCGACUGAACAGAAAAUGGAAUCGCUCCAUCACGGAAGCUGUUAAAGCUUCCAUUGAAGGAGGAGCCACCAUCAUUCAGCUAAGAGAAAAGGAGGCAGAAACUCGAGAAUUCAUCGAAAAAGCCAUGGAAUGCAUGGAAAUUUGCCGUUCUUACAACGUACCUCUACUGAUCAACGAUCGGAUCGAUGUUGCCCUCGCCUGCGAUGCUGAUGGCGUGCACGUAGGCCAGUCCGACAUGCCGGCUGAAUUGGCUCGCAAAAUUCUUGGUCCAAGCAAGAUCAUCGGCGUGUCCUGUAAGACCCCGGCGGCAGCCAUGAAAGCUUGGGUUGGUGGGGCCGACUACAUAGUUUUCCCUACCAAUACAAAGCAGAACAAUCUGACCAUUGGAUUGAAGGGACUCGAAACUGUUUGUUCGGCUUCGAAGCUUCCUGUGGUCGCCAUCGGCGGUAUUGGUGCCGGAAAUGUGCAGUCGGUUAUGGAACUUGGUGCGCCCAAUCUGAAAGGUGUAGCAGUUGUUUCUGCUCUUUUUGAUCAGGAAUCUGUUGUUGCUGAGACCCGCAGACUGAAAUCGUUGUUGACUGAAUGGUGAUGACUUGUAGGGUUUCUCCUGUUCCCGGUGAGAAAGUGUUCAGUUUUUCUCUUUUGAUGUUUUAUAAUAACUAGUAAUGAAAAACCAGAAUCUCUUGUUCUUCUUUCAACAUUGACUGAUUAUUUAAUUUAUAUAUUUAUUAUUUUG